GGUGUUGACAUACGAUUUAUUGUUAGUACUGACAAGAUUUUGCAUGUUCACCGUUUGUAAUCUUAUCCUACGUGACCCGACCACGAGCCAUCGUGUGCAGGGAGUGGCGGUCAGUCCUAUGUGGGAAGUUUCUGGGGGUGUCUCAGUCGAGUGAUUACAAGUUGGCUUUUGGUAACUUUAAAAAAUUCCGGUUUUAUUGUUUUUGAAUAUGAUAGUUAUGUAUUAAAUUCGGCGUCAUAUAUGACCCAGCAGUUGCGGCGCCAAGAUGAACGCUCAGAUAAUCAAUCAAUCCAAUAUUUCACACACACACACACACACACAACAUGACGCAGCAGGAUAACCCAGAAAUGUUGAAACAAAGCUGCAGAAACAUGAACAAGCAGGUGACAUGGACGGUGGUGCAAGUGUUGACCUGACCGGGUGACCUGGCGUUGACCUGAGGCACUAUAAGAGUCGUAAAGGUGUUACUCGUCGGUGAUGGCGCGUCUAGAGGCUGUACUGGAGAGAAAAGGAGAAGGGGCGGUGCACCCCAAGGUCACCAUACUCCGACAGGAGAUGCAGCGAGCGAGGCAACGGGAGGAUCCAGGGGACACUGAAUUCAAAGUGCUGGUGGCAGCAAGACGGGAGGCACAGUGGGUGUGCUGUCAGCUACAGGAAGAGUUUGGUUCAGGCACUGUCGCUUUACUGCCACGCAUGCCUGAGUACGAUCACGUUCUUCAUUUGCUUGAAAGGAGAAGCAUUUUGGUGUGGGAGGAAGGGGAGGCUCUACACCAGCUCCCAUGCUCCCAGUUCAGCCUUGUGGUAGAGUGGGAAGGCAGCAGCAGCUCAUCCGUCUGUGUGGACCACUGUACACGCCAGAACAUUCAUGUUGUCUCCUUCAUGUCCAGCUCCUCAACUAGUGAGCAAGAAACUGUUUCAAGAGAAGGAAAUAGAGACCAGCAUGAACUCAAAGGCAAUACCAUCAUUACCAGUGGGAAUGAGAGCCAGGGAGGGACAGGCAGCAGCAGAGGGCAAGGUCAAAGGGACAUACUAACAGUGGUGGCAAGUGACUGUGUCACUGCCAACACUGAGCUCCACUACAUUCUCACCUCUAUGGUUGAUAUCAAUUUGGUGGAGCGGAAUGCAAGGAACAUUAUGCUGGAGGAAGGCAGCCAAGGGUGGGCAGACUUGCUGCUGGAUGAGAGAACCUGUGUGUUGCUGCAGCCCCUCGCUACCCUUAGAUCCGAUGCCCACCUGAACGAGCUCACCUGCCACCUGGUCCUCCUCUCGCUGCAGUGCACCACCUGCUACAUCAUCAUGUAUUCCCAGCAGUCUUCUAAUUCAGGAUAUGAAUUCCGGAGCAGUAUGGUACGGGCCUUGGCAAGGCUGGUGGCCACAUGUGUGCUUUUCUGCUCCCCUGAGUACACAGUGUCUCUUCUUCUGGCCCAUGACCUCAAGCAGGUGGGCAAGGUUGUUCGGGAGCUGUGUGAGGCAGCACGGACCUCUUCAUCCGUGUGGGACCCAGAGGAAUGGACCACUCGCCCUUGGCUCACUCCUCAGAUGAGUUCACAUGAGCGUCUAUUGCUGUCACUACCCUGCAUCAACUCCAUUUCGGCCCAG